GUGUCUGCAGUGGCUUGUGAGAACAGCAUGUACUCAGUCCCUACAGAGCCUGAAUGACUGACUGUGUUCUCCGUCCUGCCCAGAGUCACAGACUAUGCUGGUCGUCUGGGAGGAAAACAAAGCUUGAGACCCAAGAUGAAGGCGGAGAAGGAGGCUCCUCCACGAGCCAAAAUAAUUUCAGAAAUUUUCUUGUUCAUGUCUCUUGGUUUCUUCAAUUCAGCUGAGGUACUGGCGGUAAAUAUGACUAUCCCCAACACCCUCAUCAGAGGUACAGCAGGAGGAGAGGCCCUUCUGUCUGUACGCUACAGUAGUUUCAGCCCCGACCUGCCGGUCAUCAAGUGGCAGCUCCAGAGGGAAAAGUCUGUCACUGUUGUCCAGUCGAUUGGAACUGACAUCAUUGGGACUCUGAGGCCUGAGUAUCGUGACCGCAUUCUGGUAUUUGAGAACGGGACCCUGCUUCUCCACAACCUCAGACUCUCUGAUGACGGAACUUAUGACGUGGAGAUCUCCAUCACGGAUGAUACCUUCACAGGCGAGGGCAGCAUCACACUCACUGUGGAUGAACCCAUAUCCAGGCCAUAUAUCCACAUGGAGUCUUCAUCAGUGCUGGAGCUCAGCGAAAACGUCAUCCUCAACUGCUCCCAUGACAAUGGAACCAGGACGACAUACAGGUGGUUCAAGGGAGGAAAGCCCCAGAACAACGAGACAAGAUUCGUGUUGUCACCUGACUCGAAGCUCUUGACCAUCACACGGGUGUUGAUGGCAGAUGAUGACAUCUACACCUGCACAGUGGAGAAUCCUGUGGGCAACAUGACAAGCCUGCCCAUCAGACUGACUGUCUACAGAAGAAGUUCCCUCUAUAUCAUCCUUUCCACUGGGGGUAUCUUCCUCCUCAUCACCUUGGUAACAAUAUGUGCCUGCUGGACGCCUUCUAAAAAGUCAAGACAUCCACCUAGAAAGCCUCUCACUAGGUUUUAUGACCAUUCUUAUCACUCCCCAGUCAAUAACAGAGAUGAUGUGCUUCCAAAAACUGAGCAUAAUGGAGUAGCUGUGACAUCACUUUACAUCCUGCAGCAAAAGGAGCCCUCCAUGGAUGACUCAUCCAGCAACAGUAUUGGAUCUCCUUCUGAACUUGACAACCCUCCAUGCUACUCCAGCUACCCCAAGUAUACUGGUUCCCUUACUCGGUCCCCUGGGUCCCCUGUGCGCUCCUCCCACAGGUACACCUGAAAGCCCAUCACUUUAAACUCUCGACAUCACAGCAGCUGGGAGGUCAGACCAUCCCACUGUGUACUUCUCCUGAUGGCAACUUCCUGCACAUCUGCCCAGAGUUUGGGAAAGAUUCCAGACCCAUUACUGCCUGUUGAUAUUAUUAAAGUAAAACAUAACUUAAAUAGCAGUUGCUUUUAAGGUUAGAGGCACAGCCUGUAGGAAAAUGUGAAGGCAGUGUGAUAUCAGACAAGUUUUUAAAUGGCACUGAGGUCUGUACCUGGGUUCACACACACCACCAUUAUCGCUGGUUCCCACAAUAACAAAAUCCAAAGUUUGGGAAAUGGCAUGGAGUCUUCAUGAAGCAUCAGUGAGGUUGGUAAAAUGCAAUUGUCAAAUUGUUGUGUAAUGAAGGGAAUGUCAAUUAAAGUAAACAUAGAGGGUAGGCUUUAUUGUUUGUAAAUGUUUAUUAUCAAUAAAUUUUUUUAAAAACAUAAAACAAAAAGCCUUAGUUAGCUUUAGUUAUUCUACAGUGUUGUGUGUGUGUAUGUACAGCAAUUACUUUGUAUUAUUUUGUGAUUACUAUUUUAGUUCAUUUAGAUUUAAUAGUAUUUUCAUUUUGUCAAUGAGAAGAAAAUGACGCUAUGCUGAUGAAGGGGCCACGGUAAAUAAAUUUUAUACAAACUUUAAUAAAAUGUGAAAUUCUCAAAAUAAAGAGUGACAUGAA